CCCCAAAUUAUCAAAAGAAAAUUAGGGUUCUUUGUGCUCUGCUUUUGGAAGCACCCAAUCUAUUGAUUUCCAGAAGACAGAAUCGACCAGUUUUGGCUCGCACAUCCUUCUGUUAGGGAAAGCUCGAAUUGGGUACAUUAAUGGUGCAUUCAAGUUCCCAUUUAGUUGAGUAUAAAUAUUUGAAACCGAGUUCUGUUACAAAAGGACGCAACUGUAUUAGAUUCAUGAGAAUGGAACCCAAGAGUAAGUUAGUGGCUACUGCAAGUUUUGGUGAAGGUAGAGGAGGUUGUAUUGUGAAUGAGAACAAGAAAGACAGGCUUAGUAAUCUUCCGGACGAAAUCGUGCACCACAUUCUUUCGUCCUCACUUAAAACACCUAUCCUUGAUAUAGAGGACCUCACUAUGUUCAGCUGUGUGUCCAAAAGAUGCAGACAACUUGUCCUGUCAAACCCGACUUUGCGUUUUGAUGGAUUUCAGAGGACUAGAAUAUCCACCUGUAGUAAACGGUCAAAGUUGAUGAAUUCUUUCGAUAGGCUGUUGGCUUGCCGCGGGGAUUGUAAGUUACAGGUCUUUGAUGUAUCAUGGUAUUCACACUAUUCAUGGACAACACCAUGCUUCUGUGAAGAUAACAAAUUUCGAGUAUUCACUUGGAUAUACAAUGUUCUAGAUAGGUAUAAGGUUGAAACGCUUCAUGUUUUUAUCGAACAAGGCUUACUAGAUGAUGAUGACAUAUUACCUGCAUUUCCAUCCUACAUCUUUCAUUGUGACUCCUUGAGGUCUCUGAAGGUGGACGUAAAUUGUAUGAUUCAAGCACCCUCCUUUGCUUUUUCUUCAAAUCUCAGAUCCUUGGUAUUGACAAGUGUUACUAUAGUAGAUGAGGAGUUUUUCAAAUGGAUCUCAUGCUGCUGCAAGUUCAUUGAGGAUUUAUGUCUGGAUUCUGUUUAUGGGCCAAAAAAUGUCACCAUUGAAAGCUCAUCUUUAGAGUUAUUUCACUUUAAGUGUGCUGCUAAUAGUAGGAUAUGCCAUCUUCACAUCUCAGGUGAGAAGCUUAAAGAAAUAGCUGUGGACUGGAGUUUUAAUCCGUAUAGGAAAAUAUCAUUUGGUAUUCUUGCUCCGAAUCUUAAAAGAUACAGGUGGACUGGGAAUUUGAUAAAUCACCCAAAUCUGGGAAAUUUAGUAUCUCUAGAAGAAGCUGAGAUUCGUCUGAAGCCUAUAUUGGAUGGCUGGGACAAUGUACUUGAGAUUCUUUGCAGAUUACGUGGUGUUAAAGUUGUUCUUUUAACUGAAGAGGUCACUAAGACAUCGGGGUUUAAUAUGGGACACUGGAAGCUGCAAGACCCUGCUCUUUUCAAUCAGCUUAAGGAGUUUACAAUAGAGCUCUGGGGAGAACCUAAUGGAAUUGAACUAGCGAGGUAUAUUCUGGAGCAUUCUCAGAAUUUGGAGAAAAUGGUCAUUGUUCACCUGCCGCAACAUUCUCAUGUUAAAAGGGAGUUGAGUAAAAGCAAGACGAUUUCAAAUGCCAAGCUUUUCUUCAGUACAUAUACCUAAAUGUUCAUAGAUGAGAGUCAGAGAGAUAGCAAUUAUAUUCAAUGAGUAUGCUAUAUUGUACCUCUAAUCUAUUACUCAUUGUGUGUGUGUAUUGUGAAUAUUUCAGAAAUCUGUUUAAUUUUGUUUUUC